GUCCCCACCUGCUUCGCCUUGCAUUUUGCAGCUUCAUCGUCUCUCACCCUCGCUUCCCACGCCGUCGACGACCUUCUCCGAGGUAGCACUCCAUCCCAGCCCGGUGACCGCCGUCUUCUGCCAACUGCGAGGAAGGCCAACCGCAGCUGCCAGCUCGCACACCCAAGCUGCCGCGGCUGCCGGAGGACGAAGUGAUUUUGUUACAAGGCUGCCCCUCUUGCUUCCCCUCACGAGCUGCGCACCCCAUCUCCAGAUCCCAUCCUCCCUACGCAGGCUUGUGCGGCGGCGGCAACGGUCCAACGGAGGUCGCAUCCUCCCCCUCGCCUUUCACCUAUCUACACCAAGUAAGCACCCCCCGAGCUGCCGUCCCCGUUGAGGUCAAGCCCCGUGCUAUCACCUUUGCCCUGCUUCGUGACUGUCGCAGAUGUCGGCAUGAAAUCUGGUUUUGCCUGACGGCGGCGGUAUCAAAUGCUCAAGGUGAAUAUGGCCAACGAUGCUGGUGCCUACGGACCUCGCGUCCGAGUUCCUCUCUUCCAGCACGGCAGCACCCCCUGCCUGGCGGCCCCUUGCCUCGGUGUUCUGCUCGACUGUCCAUGUACUCUCUCUCUCUCUCUCUCUCUCUCUCUCUCUCCAGCGGACUGAGACAGAUCUUUAUUCUCUCCUUUUUUUUGUUUGCAAAUUAGAUUGGGCUGAAUUCCUAUAAACGCAUGAAUCUUUCCCUUUUGCAUCUAUGUAUUUUUAAGCUGUAUUCUUCCCCUUGACGUAGCAACCAUAGGUCCAUACCAAAUAGCAAGAUUCCCAAUACAUAAAUAUACAUCUGUAUGAACCUUGCUGUACAGCGCAUUUGGGAAAUUAAAGAGCAACCUGCUUAAGAUAUCUUCUGAUUAAUAGCUGCUAUGCAUUCUGCUUCUACAUGAACAUGUCAUUACAGCAUAUCAGAGAACAUGCAUGAACCUCUGUACACCGCAUCUGAGAACAUGAUGAGUACCAUUGGGGUAUGUGCUGAUUACAAUAUGUAGCUUGCCAAUUUAGUGGUGCAGGUAUGUUAGAGCAUUGAGCGACCGGCUGGGUUUUCCAUUGUACCUUCAUGAGAACACACUAAAUUUGCUGACCCCCUUUUUGCCAAUUAAUGUUUGAGCCUCCCAUCUCAUGUUGUUGUCUUUACAAUCAAUGGUUAAUAUUCAUGCCUGUCCACUGAGUAUAGCAUUACCAACAUUUUGUCAAUUUUACUGGCAGUAAUUUUGUACAAUGAAUUUUUGUUUAAUGCCUUUUAUCCAUUUCUAGGUCUUAUUUUACAUGGACUACCUGGAUAGAUAUGCCUGUGAGUUUGGUAUACAUUCAACUAUAACCAGUACAUUCGUGGUUUGUGAACUCAUUAAUCAACGUGCUUGCACCUUUUUUUGGUCCUCCAUAAAUGGAUGAAUGCCAAUGCUUGCAGAUUGUUCGUCCAAAGCUCAUACAUCCAUCUUUUUUGCGGGCCUAUAUGAAUUUCUAGAACAUCAAUGAAACUACGAUGCUCUUUGGAUAUUCAUAAUUUAUCUAAAUCAAAGAAGAGGAAGAAAGCUCUAUCAUCAAACAGUUCACAACUUCCCAUUCUUAUCAAGUUAUUUUUUUAUCUUAGUCCACCUUCGAUUUCACUGUGAAUUUUUUAUUCUUUCAUUUCCCUCCUUGCAAUGAUAUUCCCUACUGGUCGUUCAUUAGUGAUGCCUUGAAAAAUUUCAGUAUGAUUUUGCAUUCGUAAUGGCUUCAAAAAUAUGCUGACUGCUCCCUGCUUUCCCUAAUUAAUGAUUUACUGAGAAAAAUUUUUCUUAUAAUUUAUGAAUCUUGAUAGUUUCAUCUGUUUAUAGUUGCACUACAUUUAUGUUCCGCGUGAUUUACCUAUAUUCAUGACUUGUGAGGGUAAAAUCACCAUCGCAUAUGCUUCUCAUAUUGGGAUGUGUUCUUUGCUUUCUAGAUUUGUAUAGGAAAUUCACACAACUAACAUGAUAGUGUUGUACAUCUUUUAAAGUACGUAUGCAGCUCUCAAUGGUUACUCCAGGUUGCCCUCUUAGGCCUUGAUGUUUGUCUUCUGCCUAUGUAUGUGGUGCCAUAAAAUUUCACGGUACAUAUUUCUUACGGAAGGAUUACUUACUGUGACUGUGGAUAUGGCAUUGGCAUAUACUCUUUACUUCCAUCCAUUACGAUUGUAUUUAGGAUAUGCUUUUAGCUAUUUACCUUGCAUGAGAUUUCAUUCAACCCUUCUAUAAUACUUAUUCUUAUCUACGAUGAUGACAAAAAAAGAUUGGGUUAAAAUUAUAUGGACAGCUUAUGAUAUGAUGAGGAGUUUGGAAUGUCUGUGGACUUCCCUAUAAGUUUUGUCCUUUCAUCUGAUCGGAUUGAAUCAUGUGGGCACGCAGAUAUCAACAUUGUUGAUAGAUUUUGAAGUUCAAUAAGGAAAAAUGGAGUGGACGUUGAAAAGAUGAACAAAUUGGAUGCACGCACCAUACAGUGUCACUAUCUCAGGUGCUUUAUUCUGCCGGCGCGGAGAUUUUAACAUACUAGAAUUUCAUAAGAUACAAAGCAGACGCCACUGGCCAUACACACCUUCCUUGCCGCGGCGUUAGCGCGCCAAUAUUCCUAGUUAUCUAUUGCACGCAAACGACUCGCACGGUAAACACCCCCUGGGCUCCCGGUCCCGGCUCGACGGCACGGCGACGUCAACGGCGGCGAGCCACCACAAACCUGGCUGCCUCCGGUGAUCUAGCCUACCCCGGAGCCGUCAAAAGGAUAGCCAUAGGCCCACACCCAACUCGCCCCUCAGCUCCCGCCGAAUCGAGGCGAAGAGGAUGUCGUCCCGGCGGGGCAGCAGCAGUUGCGCUCUCUGCGAGGGAUCCAACCUCCCCUCCUGCUGCGCCGCGUGCGUCAACGCAAGGCUGGUCGAGUACCACACCAGGCUGCGCAUGAUGAGGAGCCUCCGCGACUCCCUCCAAGUCCGCAUCGCCGCGCGCCACGAAGCCAAGAGCAAAGCGGAUGAGCAGAGGAUCUGGAGAGUUAGCAAAACUCAGGAUAUCAUGGAGCUAAGGGAUCGGCUCACUGAGUUGAAGAGAAAAACUGCAAUAGAGAGGACCAAAGUCCAGCAGUCAUCGAGUGAUCUCAAGGCACAAACAGCAUCGUUGAAUUUGGCUCGUGUCACGCUGAAAAAAAGGCGAGCUGAUGCAGUGAUGAUGCACACCAAUGCCAUGAAAGUCACACAGAUGAAUCUUAUGGCAACCACCUCCGAGUGUCUGAAAAUACAAUCAAAAACUGUAAAACAGCUUUGCAGAUUGUUUCCAAUGCGACGAGUUAUUAAAGAGGGAGAAAAAAAAGAAGACUACUGUGGUCCAUAUGAUUCAAUAUGCGGGGUCCGUCUUCCUCGUGGUCUCGAUCCACAUUCUGUUCCAGCAGAAGAGCUAUCAGCUUCCUUGGGGUACAUGCUACAGUUCAUCAAUAUUGCAGUUCGUAUUCUAUUCGCGCCUGCUCUUCAUGUAUCAGGCUUUAAGGGUUCAUGCUCACAAAUUUGGCUGCGGAGUUCCUACUGGAGUACACGACAGUCCCAGAGCAAGGUUUACCCACUUUUCAUACCUAGGAAAAUUGUUUGCACAGGUGGUGAGGAAAGUUCAUUGACAGAAAGUGGUUCUGCUAACUUUGGUGUUGACUCUAUGGAUUCUGUAAAGAAACUCUCUUUUGAUUCGAAGAGAAGCAAUAGCUUCAGCUUUUCUAGUGCAUCCUCCCACUCCAUGGAAAGGCAUCAAUAUUUGCAGAGAGGAAUAUCACUAUUAAAGACAAGUGUUACCGCCAUUACUACCUACUAUUAUAACUCUCUGGGCUUGGAUGUGCCAUCCAAUCUUUCUACUUUUGAGGCGUUUGCAAAGUUGCUCUAUAUGUUAUCUUCAUUAAAGGCCGUUCGAGCUGCUUUUGAAUCGAACAUUGCUUCAAGGUCAGAGAAGCAAGCACAGCAGCUAAACAAAUCAAUUUGGAAGGCAAGCUCGGCGAUAUCAUCAGAGAGCAGUUUUAUGGACAGCAUUCACACAGCCAUCAUGCCAAGCACUCUGGACAACCUCCUCCUGAACUCAAAUGAGAGCUUCUUGUACACCGGUAAGCUGGUGAAGCACGGUGGCGUGCCAGACAGCAUCUUGGAUGGCUGGGAUCUGGUAGAGCGUGAGGUCCUACCGCCACCGCCCUCGCAGGCUGAAAAUGUCGCGCAGUGGGAAAGAGCUAUGUAUGCUGGCACCAAAAAGAAAUGACUUUUAUCUGAAGACCAAACUGAUUGAACACUGCAAGAGCUUCAGUUACAUAUCUAACUGAACAUCAGUUUCUGGUUCAUGUACAGUACAGAACUAACCUCACCCUGUGGCUUUUGAGUCAUCCACACUACAAACUGCAGAGAAGAGCAUUAUUAUAGGGUAGGGUUCAUCUGCUGCCAGUACAUGUACAUCCCUGUAAAUUUGUAAAUAUAGCUUUUAUAUUUGGUUACGAAGGUAAUAAAAUGCCUGGAAUGCUGAUGUUUCUUCCUGCAAGUGAA